AUGGAGCCCCGAGCGCAACUGAAUCCCACAACAAGCCAACGACAUUGCUGGGAGUGUAUGCGCCGUCGGCUUGUAUGCGAUUUCGAGCGACCCACCUGUAACAAAUGCCGAUCAGCCGGUGUUGAUUGCCCCGGAUAUGACGAGAAGAAACCACUCCGAUGGCUAGCCCCUGGAAAAGUGACAUCUCGCGCUCAAAAGCGACGUUCACCUUCUGCUACGGACGGUACAGUUCGAAGCGAUGAGGCAGUUGACAAGAAGGACGCUCCGCAAACCCGCGUGGGAAGUGAACUACUGCGAAUGCCAAUCCCACGGCGAGAGUUGAAAAGCGACACAUGCACGAUGGUUGAGGCCGUGUGGUACUUCAACGACUAUGUCUACACUGACUUUCGCGCCAUGCACGAGUUAGCGCCGAACCCUUACCUAGGCCAAUUUCCCCUAGAUGCGCUGCACCAAAUGCCCAUGUCGAUAUGUCACACAUUAGUAUGUCUUGCCCUUGGCCACCGCAUCCAUCGUGUGUACUCGGGGGAUCAUCGUCGCGUGGUGGCGCGUUUGCGACCGAGCCUUUAUCAACAUAGAGGACUGGCACUUCGAUCCUUGACGGAGCUACUGGGGAACCUGAGCAGCCAAACGUCGAUCGACCUUACCAUUGGAAGCAUCAUGCUAUUCUUGUUUGUUGAUGCCAGACAACUACCGUCAGCGGACUGGCAGCACCACUUCGCUGCUGCCAUAGAAUUGAUUAAGCUGCGUGGUGGCCUGGCAAGUCUUGCACGUUCCUCCGAGUAUCUGAAGCCGUUGAUACUUCAUCUUCUCAUUCUGGGAGUGAUGGCCAACACGACUACUCCUCCGCCACGACAUAUUCCAACCACGUCGCAACUCGAGCUGAUCGACGUCAUGACAGACCUGUACGGAGAUGGCAUAUAUCCGGUCCUCCUAUGCCCUCCGUACCUCCUAAUGGACGUCAUCAAGAUCAACAAUCUCCGCUUCCAAACGACAUGUUCCCCAAUAAGUGACACCACACGAGCAACAGCGCACGAGAUACUCGAGCACAUUGAAGCCUUCUCGCCUGAAGACUGGACCGGCACCCACCCCGACGCACGGGAUGACUGGUUGCUACUGGGACGCAUGUACCGGUCCUCCAUAGCACUGUACUGUAUCUCGUCUCUCCAAAGCCUCUCCAUCAUUCCCUCCAGUAGGUAUUAUACUGCGAUGAGGACUUUACAUGGGACUCGUCUAUACAACCUUCUUCCAAAAGUUACCCGUCGCCCCCGUAUCAAACAUUUCGCGAUAUGGCCACUCGUUGUGGCGGGGAUGCAGGCCGUUGAUGCGAGUCCUAACAUUCGUCAUAUCAUCGAUGGUCAAUUAUCGGAGCUGAGCAAAAUCAUGGGGUGUCCGACGCCUACAUUAGCGGGCGCUGUGUUCCACAGGUUUUGGACUUCGGGCCAAACAGGAUGGGACGACUGCUUUGAUAAAGCAUACGUGUUUGUGGCAUAG